ACAAGGAGGGAGUGAUUAUAAAAAGUUGUGUCCGCGGGAACUACAUCCAUCUGCAGUUCUGCACACAUAUUUGCAUCUCUACUUCCUCUGAACAUACUCUACUAUACUGCAACUCUUGUAGGAACUCUCAUAUUUCAAAUGUACUUGCAGGAGGAUAUAUGGCAUCACUAGCUACAGCUGAUAUCUGUGACGCACAUAUUCCUCUUUUAAAUAACGGAGAUGUUCGUGUUCUGCAACCAAUUUUUCAGAGCUAUGGCAUGUGUCGAGCAUUCUCAGGCCCUAUCGUGACUCUCAAGGUGUUUGAAGACAACGUGAUGGUCCGAGGGCUUCUGGAAACCAGAGGCGAAGGCAGAGUACUGGUCGUGGAUGGUGGGGGCAGCAUGAGAUGCGCCUUGGUAGGAGGCAAUUUGGGAGUGUUGGCUCAGAAUAUGGGGUGGGCUGGUAUUGUGGUGAAUGGAUGCAUCAGAGACGUCGAUGAGAUCAACAGCUGUGAUAUUGGGGUUAAAGCACUGGCAACACAUCCGCGGAAAUCAAACAGAAGAGGCCUUGGGGAGAAGAACGUUCUGGUGCAUAUUGCAGGAACGAUCAUUCACGACGGAGAGUGGUUAUAUGCAGACGGUGAUGGCAUUCUCAUCUCCAAAACCGAGCUCUCUCUUUAAAGUAUGGUCAUUCAUUGUAAUGUAUUGACAAUACCGUGAUCAGUGAUGACUGAUGAAUAAAGUUACAAUGUUGACAUGAACUUCUUGAAGAUGAAUUGAAAUUGUUUUCUUCUAA